AUGGCUAGUGUUUCGUAUCAAAUAGCCAACUUGCUGGAGAAGAUGACCUCCAGCGACAAAGAUUUUAGAUUUAUGGCGACAAAUGAUUUGAUGACUGAGUUGCAGAAAGAUAAUAUUAAAUUAGAUGAUGAUUCCGAGCGAAAAGUUGUUAAGAUGCUACUGCGAUUACUUGAAGACAAAAAUGGUGAAGUACAAAAUUUGGCAGUCAAAUGCUUGGGACCUUUGGUAAAUAAAGUCAAAGAAUAUCAAGUAGAAACAAUAGUGGACGCUCUGUGUAGCAACAUGAUAUCAGACAAAGAGCAACUACGAGACAUUUCAAGUAUUGGUUUAAAAACAGUAAUAUCAGAACUGCCUGUCGGUUCAAACGAUCUCGCAGAAAACGUUUGCAAGCGCAUAACUGGAAAGUUAAGCAGCGCUAUCGAGAAGCAAGAAGACGUUUCAGUCCAAUUAGAAGCUUUAGACAUCGUCGCUGAUUUGUUAUCAAGAUUCGGAUCACUUUUAGUGAGUUUCCACCCGACAAUCCUGAACGCUCUGUUACCGCAGUUGUCUUCUCCGCGUCAGGCGGUAAGAAAACGAACAAUCGUCGCUCUGAGCCACUUGUUAACUUCCAGCAACAGUUUUCUCUACAAAAAAUUGCUAGACCACUUGCUUGAAGGUUUGACCUCUCAAAAAGUAAAGAACGUAAUUCGCACUUACAUCCAGUGCAUCGCAUCUAUUUGCCGUCAAGCCGGGCACAGAUUCGGCGAGCAAAUAGAACGAGUAAUGCCACUGAUAGUCCAGUACAGCAACGAAGACGACGACGAAUUACGCGAGUACUGCCUCCAAGCCUUUGAGUCAUUUGUCUACCGCUGUCCCAAAGAAAUUACACCUCACAUAAAUAAAAUAAUCGAGAUAUGCUUGAAGUACCUCACUUACGAUCCAAAUUACAACUACGACGACGACGUAAACGACGAGAGCGAUGGCGAGGGCAAUGUAAUGGAGACCGAGGAAGACGGAGACGAAGACGGUGAAGAUGAGUACUCUGACGACGAUGACAUGAGCUGGAAAGUCCGUCGAGCUGCUGCUAAGUGUCUUGAAGCCGUCGUUUCAAGUCGCCGAGAAUUAUUGUCUGAAUUAUACAAACACGUUUCGCCUGCUAUUAUCGCAAGAUUCAAAGAACGCGAAGAGAAUGUAAAGUCUGAUAUUUUCCACGCAUACAUCGCAUUGCUUCGACAAACCAAGCCAACAUCAAGCGUUGCCAUGGAUCCUGAUUCCAUGGAAGAUGAAGAAUAUCCAAUUUCUCUUCUACAACAGCAAGUUCCAUUAAUUGUAAAAGCAAUUCACCGCCAAAUGAAGGAAAAAAGCAUCAAGACUCGACAAGAUUGCUUCUCGCUGCUCAAAGAACUUGUAGUUGUCCUGCCUGGCGCACUGACAAAUCACAUUCCCGCUUUAAUUCCGGGAAUUCAAUAUUCUCUUAGCGACAAAAAUUCAUCAUCAAACAUGAAAAUAGACGCUCUAGCAUUCGUUCACACUCUGCUGGUAACUCACCAGCCGGAAGCGUUCCACCCGUUCAUGGUAGUCCUAGCGCCUCCGAUAAUCACCGCAGUAAGCGACCCAUUUUACAAAAUAACAGCCGAGGCUCUCCUAGUACUCCAGCAGCUGGUCCAAGUAAUUAGACCCCACAACAAGCCAGUCAACCCUGAAUUCGCAGUUAUAUCCACUGAAAUUUACCGCAGCACCCUCUCAAGACUCAAGACUGCUGACAUUGAUCAGGAAGUAAAGGAGCGUGCUAUUGCCUGCAUGGGUCAGAUAAUCGCUCACUUAAGCGACACACUGAACGAUCAACUGCCUGUUUGUCUCCCAAUAUUCCUCGACCGUCUCCGCAACGAGAUCACACGACUCACCACCGUGAAAGCUCUCACCUGCAUCGCUGCGUCGCCCCUGCGUGUUGACCUGGAGCCAAUCAUGGAAGAAGCGAUACCAAUCCUCGGAUCUUUUCUGCGGAAAAAUCAACGAGCUUUGAAAUUGUGCUCACUGACACUUUUGGACACUCUGGUACGCAGUUACUCGUCGAGUUUACACCCAGAAUUACUGGAUAAAGUCACGACUGAGUUAACAGCUCUGUUGAAUGAGUCAGACCUGCAUAUUGCUCAGCUGACGCUUACUCUGCUGACAACGAUCGCUAAGUUGCACCCUGGAGCGCUUACUCGUGUCUCAGACAGCAUUCUUCCGGAGAUUCUGGUCCUUGUUAAAUCUCCAUUGCUUCAGGGCGCAGCGCUGUCGGCGAUGCUUGAAUUUUUCCAAGCACUGGUUCAAGCAGAGAUUCCCGGAAUCGGGUAUCAGGAGCUUCUGGCGAUGCUGAUCGAGCCGGUUAAUAAAUCAGCGCUACACAAACAGGCCUAUCAUUCAUUAGCUAAGUGCGCGGCUGCGCUGACAAUAACUUGGCAAAAAGAAGCUCAUGGUGUUGUCGAGCAAUUUAUUAAAAAUGUACAGCACCCGCAAAAUGACGCUCAGCAUAUUUUUGCCCUGCUGGUUAUUGGAGAGAUUGGCAAGCAUGUUGAUCUAAGCAGCAUUUCUUCACUGAAACACGUUAUUCUCAAUUCAUUUUCUUCAUUAUCGGAAGAAGUCAAGUCUGCUGCCAGUUACACGCUUGGUAAUAUCGCGGUGGGAAAUUUGCCGGAAUAUUUGCCGUUUAUUCUUAAGGAAAUUGAGGCUCAGCCAAAGCGCCAGUACCUGGUGCUUCACUCACUCAAGGAGAUAAUAACUUGCCAAUCUGGAAGCUCUUCCGGAGUUUCACAUUUGCAAAAUUUUGUGCCUUCUAUUUGGCAAUUGUUGUACCGGCACUGCGAGUGUACUGAAGAAGGUACGAGAAAUGUUGUUGCUGAAUGUUUGGGAAAACUUACCUUGAUAGACCCGACGACUCUGCUUCCAAGACUCCAGGAGUCUUUGAAAUCAACUUCUCCGUUGAUGAGAACCACCACGGUCACUGCGGUUAAAUUUACGAUCUCUGAUCAGCCUCAGCAGAUCGACGCGAUGCUCAAACAGUGUAUGGGUAGUUUCCUGGUGGCUCUCGAGGACUCUGAUCUCAAUGUCAGGCGCGUUGCAUUAGUGGCAUUUAAUUCUGCGGCUCACAAUAAGCCAAUGUUGAUCAGGGAUCUUUUGGACUCUGUUCUGCCUAAACUUUACGCUGAAACUAAAACUAAGAAAGAAUUAAUUAGAGAAGUAGAAAUGGGACCGUUCAAGCACACUGUCGAUGACGGGUUAGACUUAAGGAAAGCAGCUUUUGAGUGCAUGUACACAUUAUUAGAUUCUUGUCUUGAAAGACUGGAUAUUUUUGAAUUCCUUCAACACGUGGAAACCGGAUUGAGAGAUCACUAUGACAUUAAGAUGCUGACUUACCUUAUGACGGCACGAUUAGCGCAACUCUGUCCUACUGCUGUAUUACAACGAUUGGAUAGGCUAGUUGAACCAUUGAAAAAUACAUGUACCAUGAAGGUGAAAGCGAAUUCAGUGAAACAAGAGUAUGAAAAACAAGAUGAAUUAAAAAGAUCUGCAUUAAGAGCCGUCGCAGCACUGUGGACAAUUCCGGAUGCAGAUAAAAAUCCGGCGUUGAGUGACUUUAUGAAUGUAAUUAAAUGUACACCAGAACUACGAAUGUCAUUCGACGCAAUUCAGAAAGACUGCUCAGGUAACAAUGUAAACGAAGCCAACACAAUGGAUAUGAGUUAA